AAAAAUGUUCAAACAACUUUUCCUAUUCUCCGCUGUUUUUCUCGUACUGCUCGAGGCUUCAACUCCAGCAGCCCCAUCGAGAGAAAGCGUAGUAGCCGGUCUUGUUGCCAAUGGUCUCAAGAAAAAUUUGGCGGAGAAGAUUAUUGAGCUAAGAGAAAAGUACAAUACGGAAAUCAUCAAGGCGAAUGCUUCGGGCAAUCAGAAGCUAGCGCAGGCUACGUGGAACAAGCAUCAGGAGUUGUACCAUAAGCUGUUUGCAAAGGUUACCAAGGAGCAGAAGGCGAUUUAUGAGAAGCUCAAUAAGCAGUAUCAUCUUUACUUUUGAUUUUGAUUUCUUUGGGGGUGUCUAAUAAAGUUAACAAAUCUUUUUUAAAUCU